GCAUUGCGCCAUGAGGGUCACAGGUGCAGUCUACACGAGGCAGCUUAAACCCUUUCCGCCGCCUAUAUAACCUCGAACUGGAUCCUGACUGACAUAAGUCGAUUACCACCUUACCGCUGCUCAUGUCCAGCCAAACACAGAAUAUUCAAGUGACCAGCGGGUACCCACAGCCAUCGCCGCCUGACACUGCUGCAAAUAUGAGCUUUUUCGACAAAUUUCCGCCCAAGUGGGAAGUUCCAAAGUUCUUUAUCUCGCGAUGUAUCUUCAAAACGUGCUGCUUCAUAUUCACCUGGCGUGGGGAUCUGGUGUGGUUACACAACCUCUUGAAAGAAGGAAAUACCUGGGAAGAGCUGCAUCAACAGUAUCUGACCCAGCUCAAUCAAAUGAGCAUCGUGCAAGGACUCGUGCUGACCACUGCGGCGGUCUUUAUCUCCUCAAAUCCACCACUUUCGAAAGAUGUCAACUAUACAUCUAAUGCAUCUUACGCCUGUUUGGCGGAGUCGCUUGUCUUUUCGUUGUUUGGGCUGUUAUUUCAGCUGAGGGUAUCCGCCGGUGGAAUACUUUUUCAAAAACGGCACGCUGCAAACAUUAUAAUCGAGAGGCGCUGGAGAAUUUUUUGGCACCUGCUAGGUUUGGCAGUUCCAGUCAUCAUUUUUACUAUAUCGGUGGUUCUACUGCUCAUAGCCAUCGUGCUCACGGGGGUCUUAUCUCACUCCGAAACUGUCCAACUUUAUCUGAGCAUAACAUUUGCUUUCCUUGGCGCUUGUCACUUGCUGUCGAUUCUGGGCUCACCAUUCUACCACCAUAUGUCGAACUUAUGCGUCAGUGUUGCUUACGCCACGCAUGCUAAGACACGUCAGAAAACGGGUGAAGCUUGAACAUUGGUGUUGGAGGUCGGACGAGGGUACUAGCAGGUGUUCUAGUAGUCAUCGACUACUCCUCCAAAUGGACAUUCGGUGGUGUCUUUUCUUUCUACGAAUGUACAAUUACUAAGAUUCAUUCGUUGCUCUACAUUCAAGUUGUACAUACCAAAUUUUACAGUUUCUUGACUUA